UAGGUCGAUUAGAAGGAAAGUAUAGGUUAUGCGUCGCAGUAGUUAAAGUUAUACAGUGUUGAAUCGUAGCUUGUAGGGAGUAGUGAUAAGGAUUAAAUUGAGCUCUUUAUUCAUAACGGAAAUAAAGAAUAAUAAUAAUGACCGACAACUUUCCAGAUGGCGUGAAUACGGUGCUAGGAAAUAAACGAUUAUCCGAGCUCGGGAAAACGUUAACACAUGAACAUCUGGCUCUUGAUUUUCGCAAAUUUUAUGUACCACCGCCGAAACAUCUUAAACGGUUCCCUGUCGGCAGCUUAUCUCUCCAAGAUGCCGGAUACGUUCGGCAGUAUCCAUAUAGCAGCUUAUAUAACUUGGAGUUUUACGGUGAUGACGCGACAAAAGCUGUCUAUAAAGAUGUGGAAUUAUUUAAAGAGGCCGGUGGCGGAACUAUCGUGGAGAACAGUAGCCACGGUUUGAAACGUGAUAUUUCUUUAAUGAAGAACAUCAGCCAGUCCUUGGGAGUUAACGUGAUUGCGGGAACCGGCCAUUACCUCGCCAGCACUCAAAAUGCAUCGACUCUUAAUAUGACCAAAGAAGAAAUGUACAAUCUACUAUGCAAAGAGUUAGAAGAGGGUUGCGUGGAGUGUCCCGAAGUAAAGGCAGGAUUCAUUGGAGAAGUUGGCAGUACUUGGCCGAUCGAAGACUUUGAAAAACGUGCCAUUUGCGCAACUGCCGAGGUGCAAGCUCAGUUACGUUGCUCUGUAAGCUUUCAUCCUGGAAGGAAUGCAUCUGCGCCCAUGGAAAUAAUGAGGAUCUAUCAAGAGGCGGGUGGAGAUAUGAGCAGAGCUAUUAUGUCUCACGUCGAUCGUACGUUAAUAAAAAAGGAGCAGCUCAUGGAAUUCGCCGACGCUACCAAAUGUUAUAUCCAGUUCGACCUGUUCGGUAUGGAAUGCUCUUUCUAUCAGUUGAAUCCGUUGGUCGAUUAUCUGUCAGAUGCACAGCGUGUCAAACGUAUUGCGCUGCUGAAGAAAGAGAAAAAACUAGACCGAGUUCUCAUGAGUCAUGAUAUACACACCAAACAUCGCCUGGUGCAGAAGCAUCCGAUGAUGAUUGCGACAAUUUGACGUCGCUUGCUCGUCUCGAUUUUACGAAAAGUGGAAUUAAGAACAUGCAGAGCGUAGAAGAAAAUCAGUAAUUAGGAAUUGCGAUUAAUUGACAUUAGCACAUAUAUAAAUAUACACACAGACUGGUCAGUGGUACCAAAGUGACGAUCAAAACAGAAAGCAGCAAACUUGUGGUGCCCUUGACUUACGAAGUGAGCGAGUGGUCGCUUAGGCUCGCGCGCUCG